UAUAAAAGGCUCUGCGCGCGCCCAGUUCGGCCAUUCUGGGGUCUGUUUAAAGGUUUGGCUUUGGUCGUGUGAAACUGCUGAAUUUACUUCGGGAAACAAAGGGAAAAAAAUCCCCCCACAGUUGAGCCUCUGAGAAGACACACAAAAAAAGCCAGCUACAUUUCCGAUCGGCUGUCUUGGGAAGCUGUUAAAGUUCUUUGUGACCUGAAGGAGAACAACUGCCACUAAAACAUAAAAAAACAAAAUUAAUAUUUAGCAACAAUCUACCCUGAACUUUUUUUAGGAAGCAGCUUUUUGCUUCUUAAUUGACCAUCAAAAAAGUUGCUAUUUUUUUAAAAAAUGAGCAAAAUCAAAUUAAUUUUUUUCUUUAAAAACAAAGCUUAAUCCAAAAAAGCUAAACCUUGAGGCGCUGUCGACGAGAAAAAUAAUUGGAUAUAUUUCCCACCAUGGGCUCCAGGCCAAUAGACCCAAAGGAACUCCUGAAAGGACUGGAUUGUUUCCUUGGCAAAGAUGGAGAAGUCAAAACUCAUGAAGGCAUCACUAAAAUUUUCAACUUAAUGAAAGACGCUCAGAAGAUGGUCAGUCGUUGUAUCUACCUGAACAUCUUGUUACAGACCCGGACACAAGACAUCCUCGCAAAAUUCAUCCAGGCUGGUGGCUACAAACUCCUCAACACCUGGCUGACCAGCUCAAAAGCUUCUAACAAUGUGCCGCUGCUUCAGCAGAUCCUGCUCACACUGCAGCACCUGCCCCUGACGGUAGAUCAUCUAAAACAGAAUAAUACUGCCAAGCUGGUGAAACAGCUCAGUAAAUCCAGUGAAGAUGAAGAGCUUCGCAGGCUGGCUUCCAUACUGGUGAGCGACUGGAUGGGUGUCAUCCGCUCUCAGAGUAGCUCGCAACCUACAGAGCGAGACAAGAAAAAGAGGAAAGAGGAGAGUAAAAGCAAAGCAGCUGUUCAGGAGAAGCCUCAGGAGGCCAAAUCGGAAGCCAAGCCCGAGGAGACCCCUGAGAAAAAGAAAGAGAAGCCGAAGUCUCUGCGCACGACAGCACCCAGCCACGCCAAGUUCCGUUCGACUGGUUUGGAAAUGGAGACUCCAUCGCUCAUUCCUACAAAGAAAAAUGUCAGCAUGGCAGUAACCUCGGAGAAAUACAACCUUAAGCCUAUACCACUGAAAAGACAGAGCACGUCUCUGCCGACUGGGGACAACCCGCCGGCUGAGAAGAAAUACAAGCCUCUCAACACCACUCCGAAUACUACGAAGGAAAUUAAAGUCAAGAUCAUCCCCGCACAACCGAUGGAAGGCUUGGGCUUUUUGGAUGCCCUCAACUCCGCCCCUGUCCCAGGGAUCAAGAUCAAGAAGAAAAAGAAAGUCUUGUCUCCGACAGCCGCUAAGCCGAGUCCUUUUGAAGGGAAGCCAGCCCCAGAGACCAGCUCUGCCAAGCCGUCUUCGCCAGAACUGAACCCCGCAUCAGAGCCCAUGGAUACGGAUAGACCUGGCACCCCAGUACCAGCUGUGGAGGUUCCUGAGCCCAUGGAGACAAGCUCUUCUGAGCAGGGCGGGUUGCUAGAUCCUAAGGCCGCGGAGAGCCCCGUUGAUUCAGCACAGCUAACAAAGAAGGGCAAGAAGAAGAAGACCGUGAGCUGGCCUGAAGAGAGUAAACUGCGGGAGUAUUUCUACUUCGAAUUGGACGAGACAGAGCGUGUCAAUGUGAACAAGAUCAAGGACUUUGGCGAGGCAGCCAAGCGAGAGAUGCUGAUGGACCGCCACGCCUUCGAGACCGCCCGUCGGCUCAGCCAUGAUGCCAUGGAGGAGAAGGUCCCCUGGGUCUACCCGAAGCCCAUUGACUUGCUUGCCCCGCUGGUGCAGCCAGGAAGCGGCAGCCAGGAGAAAUUCACUCAGGCCGAACGCGAGAAAGGCAUUCUGCAGGAGAUCUUUCUCUCAAAAGAGAGUGUUCCCGACAGCCCUCACGAGCCUGACCCAGAAUCCUAUGAGCCGGUGCCACCAAAGCUCAUUCCUCUGGAUGAGGAAUGCUGCAUGGAUGAGGCUGCCUACGAGGAGAGACUCGACCCGGCCACCGCCUCGCAGUCUCCGGACGGAGCUGGGGGCUCCAAGCUGCCCCCGGUCCUGGCCAACCUCAUGGGCAGCAUGGGGGCAGGCAAGAACCCGCAGGGCCCCAACCCCAACUCCUCUCUCAACGUACAAGAGAUCCUCACCUCUAUCAUGGGAGGCUCAAACAAUCAUAAGACAGAAGAAUUGAUGAAGCAGCCAGACUAUUCAGACAAGAUCAAGCACCUGCUGGGCAACCUACAGGGCCAGCCUGGACCGGGUCCUUCAGGAGUUCCACAUGGACUCCUCGGACCAGGACCUGGCCCAGUUCCUAAUGGAUUCCCCCAAGGGCCAAAGAAUAUGCAGCACUUUGCUCCUGGAGGGCCAGGGCCCAUGCCUGGACCACAUGGAGGCCCAGGAGGCCCUAACAUGCCCCCAGGCCCUGGUGUGCCUAGUGGGCCUCGAAUGAUGGGCCCACCUCCUCCUCAGUGUAAUGAUGGAUACUGGGACCCUCCUGAUAGUGGAAUGCGUGGUGGGCCCCAUGGAGGCAUGAGGGGUGGCAGCCCUGGCCCCGGCUCUUUCCACCGUGGGCGUGGAGGCCGAGAGCCCCCUUACCGGGGGCGAGGAGGUGGACGCAAUAGCGGGCCCCCCAACGGCAGGAGUGGACCUCCGAACAGCAACAUGGGCGGCGGCCACGGAGGAGGACAUGGAGGCGGCCACGGAGGGGGACACAGCGGUGGUGGCCACGGAGGUCAUGGUGGAGGGGGCCACCCUGGGGACCACGGCAGGGGAUAUCCAGGGGACCACGGCAGGGGACAUCCAGGAGGCCACCCUGGGGACCACGGCAGGGGACAUCCAGGGGACCACGGCAGGGGACAUCCAGGGGACCACGGCAGGGGACAUCCAGGGGACCACGGCUGGGGGCACGGAGGAGGCCAUGGAGGAGACAGGUCAAAGCGCCCAGUAUGUCGUCAUUUCACGAUGAAAGGCAGCUGUCGAUACGAGAACAACUGUGCCUUCUACCACCCCGGAGUGAACGGGCCCCCCUUGCCCUAGUCACAAGGACCCAUUCCUCGCCGCCUCUCUCUUUUAACUGUGGUGUCAGCGCACAUUCCCAUGCCAUGGACUACAUGGGGGCUCGAACCCCAGCUCUGGACUCUUGCUGCAUCCACUGUUUUAUGGCUUCUGUGAGGCCCUUUGAAUGCUUGGGGCACGGGGAGGUGGCUGAUUCCCUCCUGCCACAUCUGCUGCUACUGGUGAAAUGCCACAACCCCCUUA